CAGGCGGGGUGGGAGGACAGCCCUGGCCAAGGUGUGGAGCCCCCGGGCAGACCCUUAAGGUCAGAGGAGCCAUCACAGGACCCCAAAGAAAAAGCUUUCUGGCUUGGAGGAAAACAGGACUGGAGAGUAAAGGGCUCCUGUGCUUGACUGAAUGAUGGUGCCCAAAGACAUCAGGUGCCUAGAGUCUGUUCACAGAGCAACAGAGCAGGUGUGACUUCUGUGUCACGGGUGUGAUUCAGGUAAGGUUUGUGAGAUGGGAAGAUCAUCCUGGAUUAUCCAUGUGGCCCGAAGGAGGUAAGGGAACAUCUGAGCAAGCUGGCAGACGCUGAACUGAGCGUGUUGAAGAUGGAGACUGUGGCCAAGGAAUGCAGGGGAUCUUUGGAAACUGAAGAAACCAGUGAAACACGGAAGAAACAGACCCAGAUUUUCUCAGAAGGAUGAACUUUGAUCAGCUGCAUUUUAAAUGUGAGAAACAAAUUCUGAGAGACGACCAAAAAAAAAAAAAAAAAAAAAAGAACUGGUGUUAAGAUGUUUCGAACUGGGAGGAUUUGCAAAUAAGUCAUUUAGGAUUUACCUGCAUGUCCCAGAGACACUGGAGCCGGGUUGCUGCUGUGUAAGGACUCCAACCUGCAAGUCCAAUGCCUUUGACGCAAAAAAGCAUCCUUCCAAAGCCCCGCCGCCCCCGGGCAGCGCCCCGCCCCCUCUGGGCAGCGCCCCGCCCUCGGAUGCCAUCCCCCUAGAGGCCCCUUCCCCGGGCCUCGGCGGUGUGGUAGUCUUUGUUGUUUUUCCCUCCACCAGUUACUGCGGGGUUGCUCUACUUCUGAGUUAGAGUUACACCCCCAGAAUCCGCCCCUCCACUUUUUAAAAAAAUUAAUCAUUCCUUUUUUGAGAAGGGAUCUCGCUAAAUGCUGAGGCUGGCCUUGAACUUCUGGUCAUCCUGCCUUAGGGCGUGCGAUGCAGCCUUCUUUGGGCGACCCGCCCCUCUCGGUCUCAGCCCCGCCCCUCGCUCUCAGAGUGCGCCCAACAAGCCGCAGCCAAUCGCCGCGCGCGGGCCGGUCCCACCUUCUUAGACUCCGCUCCCCACCUUCAAGCCUGGUAGCUUCCACCAACCCUGCUCCGAGCCUCGCUGCGCGCCUAGGAAACUUCUCGCUCUGUUGGUAGCUGCCACCUCGGGCACCCAGGGGCCUGGAUUUCUCCUCCCUCACCCAGGAGUCCUACGUUUCGUCCUCCUGGAGUUUCGCUUCGUGGCCUCCAGACUCGGGUCCCCUAACUCUCAGUUUCCAGGACCCAGAGACGCGGGAUCUGCGACUCCGGACCAGGCGUCCCGGAUCUACGCCACCUGGACUUAGUUUCCUGCAGCUCUCUGCCACCUGGGCACUCUCCCAACCUCCCGGAGCCACGGACCCCACGUUCCAGGCUGAGAAACUCCUGUAUUCCCAAGGCGCAGAGCCAGGAACCCCAGGCGCUUUCAUCCAGCUUUCGGGCAUCUGACACCACGGGGAAGAGCAGAGGAGCCCCAGAGCCCAGCCCAAGGAACUUAGGCACACCGGCUUCCCAGAGCCAAGGAACCUCGGCUCUGUAAUCUCACAACUCCAAGAAGCCCUCCAAAGUUCCAGCUUCCAGGAGCGGAGGACUCUCGGUCCCAAGGUCGGCGUCCUGGGAAGGAGCCCCAAGCGCUCCCAGCUUCCAGGCACAAAGGAACCCCUGUGCGUCCCACCAUGGUGGCAGAUCCUCCUAAGACCGAACCCAAGGGGUUCACGGAGCCCGCCGCGAAUGAUGGAGAGGCGCUGGGUCCCAGAGAGGACCAAGUCGUGACCUCAGGUGGCUCCUGCGGUUCUUGGAACCAGGUGCGCCGUUGCCUUCGCGCCAAUCUGCUGGUGCUGCUGACUGUGGUGGCCGUGGCGAUUGGCGUGGUGCUGGGGCUGGGGGUUUCGAGGGCAGGCGCGCUGAGCCCACAGUUCUGGACCGUCUUCAACUUCCCUGGCGAGCUAUUACUGCGCCUGCUGAAGAUGAUCAUUUUGCCGCUGGUAGUGUGCAGCCUGAUCAGUGGCGCCGCCAGCCUGGACCCGAGCGCGCUUGGCCGCCUGGGCGCCUGGGCGCUGCUCUUUUUCCUGGUCACCACCCUGCUCGCGUCUGCUCUCGGCGUGGGCUUGGCUUUGACGCUGCAACCCGGCGCCGCUUUUGCGGCCAUCAACUCCUCUUUCGAAGGGGUCACCGGCUCUGGGGAAGAGAUCCCCAGCAAGGAGGUGCUGGAUUCGUUCCUGGAUCUUGCGAGAAAUAUCUUUCCCUCCAACCUGGUGUCUGCGACCUUUCGCUCUUACUCUACCUCCUACCAACUGAUCGAGAUCAACGGAACCCUGGUGAAGGAGCCUAAUGGGAAGGAGAUCGAGGGCAUGAACAUCCUGGGCCUGGUGGUGUUUUCCAUCAUCUUUGGUGGGGUCCUGCGGAAGCUAGGCCCUGAGGGGGAGCUGCUCAUCCACUUCUUCAACUCCUUCAAUGAUGCCACCAUGGUGCUGGUCUCCUGGAUCAUGUGGUAUGCUCCUGUGGGCAUCCUGUUCCUUGUGGCCAGCCAGAUUGCGAAGAUGCAGGAUGUGGGGAAGUUCUUCAUCAGCCUCGGCAAGUACAUCCUGUGCUGCCUGCUGGGUCACGCCAUUCAUGGAAUCCUGGUGUUGCCCCUCAUCUACUUCCUCUUCACCCGAAAAAACCCCUACCGCUUCCUGUGGGGCAUCAUGGCACCGUUAGCCACGGCUUUUGGGACCUCCUCCAGCUCCGCCACGCUGCCCCUCAUGAUGAAGUGCGUGGAGGAGAAGAACGGCGUGGCCAAGCACAUUAGCCGCUUCAUCCUGCCCAUCGGCGCCACGGUCAACAUGGACGGGGCGGCGCUCUUCCAGUGCGUGGCUACUGUGUUCAUUGCCCAGCUCAAUGGGCGAUCCCUGAACUUUGUGGAUAUCAUUAUCAUCCUGAUCAUGGCCACCGCGUCCAGCGUAGGGGCAGCGGGCAUCCCUGCAGGAGGUAUCCUCACUCUGGCCAUCAUCCUCGAAGCAAUCAGUCUCCCUGUCAGGGAAAUCUCCUUGAUCCUGGCUGUGGAUUGGCUAGUGGACCGGUCCUGUACCAUCCUCAAUGUGGAAGGUGAUGCUUUUGGGGCAGGACUCCUCCAGAGUUAUGUGGACCGAUCGAAGAUACAGAGCAUGGAGCCCAAGUUGGUCCAGUUUAAGAGUGAGGUGCCCCCGAAUCCACUGCCAGCUGCCAUUGAGGAAGGGAACCCCCUCCUCAAACAGUAUCAGGGCCCCCCUAGGGAUGCUGCCACCUGUGAGAAGGAGUCAGUGAUGUGAACCCCUGGAGGGAACUACCUGCCUGCCCUGCUGAGGGGCACCCUGGACAUUGGGGUGGAUAAAUGGACACAGUGGGGCUGGGGGCUGCUGCGUGCAUGCUCCAGGAGACAAGCACCACUGCCUCGCUCUAGACAGGAGACUGGAUGGCCUCACUGCUGGGUAUGUGCCUGUGUUGCAUGUCUCCCAACACCCCCCCCCUUGCUCCUCGACUCCUGUCCCCCACCCUAGGUGAUAGUUUUGCACCCAGCUCCAUCCGGAUCCACCUGGCCUUUCCCACCUCCGUGUAGAUCACCUUGUAGAGUUCUACAGGCUUCGAGGGCGAGGGCGCACUAUCCAGGUGUUGCUGAUUAUUUUGGGGGCUGUGGCUGUAGAUGUAGUGUGUGUGUGGGGUGUGUGUGUGUGUGUACGUGUGUUCUGUGACCAUUGAACUUUCUAUGGUACAUUCCAUCCAAUCCCCAGACCCUGUGUUUCCUCCACAGUAACAAAUACUCCCAGAAUCCCCUGGGGGAAGGCCAAGAAUAAAUAUUGUCACUCCAAAAGUCA